AUGGAUAAACAAGUAGCUGAUGUUAUUAACCAAUGCUCUCACACCGUUGGUGUUACAGGUUUAGUAGUUGUAGAUGAUUCUGGUUUAUGUUUAAAGGCUCAUGGAUCAGCAAACUCUUCAACAGCUGGUUAUUAUAAAUCACUUGUAGACAAAUCUAAAACCUUAAGAAACAGUAACGAAGUACCAAAUAUUACAAUUGAAACUGAUUCAUCUAAUAUUUUUAUUCAAGGAAAUGAUCAAAUUACAUUGGGUAUUCACAAAUUACCAUAA